GGGUUGUUGUGGGGGUGGAGCAGCGUGUUUAUGUAUUAGCAUAGGGUAAAUCCAGAUGCCUCCUGGCACUAUGGAUACACAAGCAACUGAAAGCAGGGCAAACAGGAAGGCUACCUAGGAGCUUCCUGGCAUGGUUUCUUCUUCCUAAUUGCCUGUAUCUCAGAGAUCUGAGUGAAUGACCAGGGGAGAGGUCUGAUGCUAGCAACUGUUCAGCACAAACACGGUCUAAAGUAUUAAUGGUGCCCAGUAGGAACAGGAGGAGUCGGCACGAUCUUCUGAAAGCCGGGAAAUAGCGGGAGCUGCCUGUACCUGGACAAAACCCACCCGGGAGUUUAUGCCAGUGUGGCUUUAUUCAUACAGAUGAACCAAGCAUUGGGAUAGCAGUAUAAAAUUAGAAUCAGACAGCUGACUGCUCAGCAGGAUGCCAUCAACUAACAGAGCAGGCAGUCUAAAGGACCCUGAAAUUGCAGAGCUCUUCUUCAAAGAAGAUCCGGAAAAGCUCUUCACAGAUCUCAGAGAAAUCGGCCAUGGGAGCUUUGGAGCAGUAUAUUUUGCUCGAGAUGUGCGUACUAAUGAAGUGGUGGCCAUCAAGAAAAUGUCUUAUAGUGGAAAGCAGUCUACUGAGAAAUGGCAGGAUAUUAUUAAGGAAGUCAAGUUUCUACAAAGAAUAAAACAUCCCAACAGUAUAGAAUAUAAAGGCUGCUAUUUACGGGAACACACCGCUUGGCUUGUAAUGGAAUAUUGUUUGGGGUCUGCCUCAGAUUUACUAGAAGUUCAUAAAAAGCCAUUACAAGAAGUGGAAAUAGCAGCAAUUACACAUGGUGCUCUCCAGGGAUUAGCUUAUUUACAUUCUCAUACCAUGAUCCAUAGAGAUAUCAAAGCAGGAAAUAUCCUUCUGACAGAGCCAGGCCAGGUGAAACUUGCCGACUUUGGAUCUGCUUCCAUGGCCUCCCCUGCCAAUUCUUUUGUGGGAACACCAUAUUGGAUGGCCCCAGAAGUAAUUUUAGCCAUGGAUGAAGGACAGUAUGAUGGCAAAGUUGAUGUAUGGUCUCUUGGAAUAACAUGUAUUGAAUUAGCGGAGAGGAAGCCUCCUUUAUUUAAUAUGAAUGCAAUGAGUGCCUUAUAUCACAUAGCCCAAAAUGAAUCCCCUACACUACAGUCUAAUGAAUGGUCUGAUUAUUUUCGCAACUUUGUAGAUUCUUGCCUCCAGAAAAUCCCUCAAGAUCGCCCUACUUCAGAGGAACUUUUAAAGCACAUGUUUGUUCUUCGAGAGCGCCCGGACACAGUGUUAAUAGAUCUUAUUCAAAGGACAAAGGAUGCAGUAAGAGAGCUGGACAAUCUGCAGUAUAGAAAGAUGAAGAAACUCCUUUUCCAGGAGGCACAUAAUGGACCAGCGGUAGAAGCACAGGAAGAAGAGGAGGAGCAAGAUCAUGGUGUUGGCCGGACAGGAACAGUGAAUAGUGUUGGAAGUAAUCAGUCUAUUCCCAGUAUGUCUAUCAGUGCCAGCAGUCAAAGCAGCAGUGUUAACAGUCUUCCAGACGCCUCGGAUGACAAGAGUGAGCUAGACAUGAUGGAGGGAGACCAUACAGUAAUGUCUAACAGUUCUGUCAUCCACUUAAAACCCGAGGAGGAAAAUUACAGAGAAGAAGGAGAUCCUAGAACAAGAGCAUCAGAUCCACAGUCUCCACCUCAAGUGUCUCGUCACAAAUCACAUUAUCGUAAUAGAGAACACUUUGCAACUAUAAGAACAGCAUCACUGGUUACAAGGCAGAUGCAAGAGCAUGAGCAGGACUCUGAACUUCGAGAACAGAUGUCUGGUUACAAGCGGAUGAGGCGGCAGCAUCAAAAGCAGCUGAUGACUCUGGAAAAUAAACUAAAGGCGGAGAUGGAUGAACACCGUCUCAGAUUAGACAAAGAUCUUGAAACUCAGCGUAACAAUUUUGCUGCAGAAAUGGAGAAACUUAUCAAGAAACAUCAAGCUGCUAUGGAAAAAGAGGCUAAAGUGAUGGCCAAUGAGGAGAAAAAAUUCCAGCAGCACAUUCAGGCUCAACAGAAGAAAGAACUGAAUAGCUUUUUGGAGUCCCAAAAAAGAGAAUAUAAACUUCGAAAAGAGCAGCUUAAGGAGGAGCUGAAUGAAAACCAGAGCACACCUAAAAAAGAAAAGCAGGAAUGGCUUUCCAAGCAGAAGGAGAACAUACAACACUUCCAGGCAGAAGAAGAAGCUAACCUUCUUCGACGCCAAAGGCAGUAUCUAGAGCUGGAAUGUCGCCGCUUCAAGAGAAGAAUGUUACUUGGGCGACAUAACUUGGAACAGGACCUUGUCAGGGAGGAGUUAAACAAAAGGCAGACUCAGAAGGACUUAGAACAUGCAAUGCUACUACGUCAGCAUGAAUCCAUGCAAGAACUGGAGUUUCGCCACCUCAACACUAUUCAGAAGAUGCGCUGUGAGUUGAUCAGACUGCAGCAUCAAACUGAGCUCACUAACCAGCUGGAAUACAAUAAGCGAAGGGAACGGGAACUAAGGCGAAAACAUGUUAUGGAAGUUCGACAACAACCUAAGAGUUUAAAGUCUAAAGAACUCCAGAUAAAAAAGCAGUUUCAGGAUACAUGCAAAAUUCAAACCAGACAGUACAAAGCAUUAAGAAACCACCUGCUGGAGACUACACCAAAGAGUGAGCACAAAGCCGUUCUGAAGAGACUCAAGGAGGAACAGACUCGGAAGUUAGCCAUCUUGGCUGAGCAGUAUGAUCAUAGCAUUAAUGAAAUGCUCUCCACACAAGCUCUGCGUUUGGAUGAAGCACAGGAAGCAGAAUGCCAGGUUUUGAAGAUGCAGCUGCAGCAGGAACUGGAGCUACUGAAUGCAUAUCAGAGCAAAAUCAAGAUGCAGGCUGAGGCCCAACAUGAUCGAGAGCUUCGAGAGCUGGAACAGAGGGUCUCCCUUCGCAGGGCACUCUUAGAACAAAAGAUUGAAGAAGAGAUGUUGGCUUUGCAGAAUGAACGCACAGAACGAAUACGUAGCCUGCUUGAACGUCAAGCCAGAGAAAUUGAAGCUUUUGACUCUGAAAGCAUGAGACUAGGUUUCAGUAACAUGGUCCUUUCUAAUCUCUCCCCUGAGGCAUUCAGCCACAGCUACCCAGGAGCUUCUAGUUGGUCUCACAAUCCUACUGGGGGUCCCGGACCUCACUGGGGUCAUCCCAUGGGUGGCACACCACAAGCUUGGGGCCAUCCAAUGCAAGGUGGACCCCAGCCUUGGGGUCAUCCCUCAGGGCCAAUGCAAGGGGUCCCUCGAGGUAGCAGUAUGGGAGUCCGCAAUAGCCCCCAGGCUCUGAGGCGGACAGCUUCUGGGGGACGGACAGAACAGGGCAUGAGCAGAAGCACGAGUGUCACUUCACAAAUAUCCAAUGGGUCACACAUGUCUUACACAUAAUAAUUGAAAGUGGCAAUUCCGCUGGAGCUGUCUGCCAAAAGAAACUGCCUACAGAAAUCAUCACCGCAGCCUCCUCACUUGGGUACUACCGUGUGGAAGCUGAGUGCAUAUGGUAUACUUUAUUCGUUUUUGUAAAGCGUUAUGUUUUGUGUUUACUAAUUGGGUUGUCAUAGUAUUUGGCUGCCGGGUUUUUGUGGUUGGCUUUUGUUUCUUUGUUUUUAACUUUUGGAAAAUUUUAAAAGUGGGAAUAGAUAAAUAUUUCAUGUGUGUGGCAAAAAGAAAUUGGCUUAAUAGAAGGGGUUUUAUCUGAACAAUGUCAAAAUAAAAUGAAGCAAACUGGCCUGAAUCAUCACUUUAGGAUGUCCAUAGCCUAAGAAGUUUAUUGGAAGAUCUAAAGCCUUCCUCCCUAUUCCACAUCCUGUGAGCCACUGAGGGCAGGUAGCAUCCAUGCUGAAACACACCUCCACUCCUUACGAGUGUGUUUCCUUUCUUUAUAAAAUGGGUCUGACUUCCCAACCUCAUUUGGACUAAAAAACAGAAAACCAUGAACAUUAAAAGAUUGUGUUCACCUUUUCAGGUGGUAAAACAUCAUGUAGUUCUUUGCUAAGUGCUUCAGAAGUUUGUCGCUGGUUUUGUAGGUUGUAUCAUAUAAGAUGGAGUUGCUUAAGGAGAUCAUAAGCUGUGUGGGGAUUGCACUAACAAGCCUGUGAACUAUCAGAGAGAAAAACCAGAAGGUCAGGGGACCAUGAAAGUUCCUGUGAUAGAUAUGUUCAGCAUAGAGUGAGGAGAUAAAGCCUCUCUAUUCUGACAUUUUGUCUCUUGUACAGUGAGAUCUCAUGCUACCCAAACUCUAAGACCCCAGACAGUACUUUUGCUUUGUUUGUACAAAACAAAGACACUUAGCCAACACAGAGCAGAUGCCAGAGGUAUUUGAAUGAUGCCAUAUUUGUGAACUGCCAUCUAUUCAAAUAUUCAUCACACUACACAGACAUAAUUUUAUUACCCCCUUUUUGGUGUAUGGGAUUUCCUGUUUACAAGUAGCAAUAGUCAAUUAUUUAUUUAGUUGCCACCAGGAGUGACUGAGCCAAUGACUACCAGCUGCUGACUAAUCCUCACACUGUGGAUGCCGCUUCAUCUGCAGGUCCUCUGUGUUUAAUUGCUGUUUCAUUGCUGCAGUACCUUACAAACUCUUAGUUCAUUAGGGACCAUCUUGGUCCAUGUUAAUAUCACACAGUAGCAAAUUCCCUUUCAGAAGUCUCUAGCUUAGUGCUGAAAUACUACUGAGAAGAAACUAGUAGUUUGGUGAGUAAAAGAAAACAACAACAAAAAUUAAAAGUAAGUUCCAUAGUGGUCAGGGACCACUAACUGGGGAGUGUGUUCUGUCUUUUUUCAAUGAAGGAUCAAUCCAGUGGUCUACGUCAGUGCUAGUUUGUGUCCUCUGGUUGCUUGUGGAGAUCGUGAGUUGGAGGUAGACAAGGGGCAGUGCCAUUUUUAGUGACAGAGCAGAGUUUCUUACAAGUUAUUGCCCUGCUCCCCUUUCAGUUGUCUUGAAGAGCUCUUGUUGCUAACUCUGGGUCCUACUUUUCAUGGAAUUAGAGGGUAAGAACACACUUAAUCAUACUUAGAACAAACUAGCGACCAAAUUGUCAUCUACUACUAUUGACGUUCUUUCUUUUCUUAACAUUUUAUGUCUUGUCCAGGUAUGUCAUUCCAAUCUCCAUGACUUACCCCCUUAAGGAAUUUCUGACUUUGGUUUGAGGGUUUCUGACACUAGUUAAAAGAAAAAUUAGAUCUGGGUGUAGUAGCACAUGCUUAUAAUUCCAGCACUUAGGAAGUGGGAGUCUGGGGUUCAAGGCUGCCUUCAUCUGUCUCACAAAGGGCAGAAAGAAAGAUGCUAUAAUAUAGAUCCUCGGAAAACCAAUAGAAGGUUGACAGUAAAGUUUACACACACUUCUAGGCAAGGUUUAAGCAUGUUCUAUGUCGGUUUUUAGGUGAACAAAUAGCUAAUGAAAAGGACUCUUAGUUUUCUGUCUUUUGCAUUCAAAACACUAUUCAAGAGUUUCAAACAAAGUGAGAGCUCUAUAUAUUUGGAGGAAAUAAGGGAAAGCUUUAGAUUUAAUAGAAUGUUCAAAACUAUAAAAGAAGACCAUCUUUUAUAAGAUGAUCUUAUAAAACGAUUAAAAACCAUUUUUCAUACGUCUGGCCCCAUCUGCUCCCGGAGGGUUAGAAUGGGAAAGCAAGUCAGAUGUGAAUUAAAAAUUUCCUUCAGACUCCAAACUACUACCAGAGAUACACUUUAUAGUCCAGCUGUGAGAUUCACUUGGUCAAAUUGAGUUACUGAGUCCAUUUUGAUCGCAAUGCACUCAUACUAGUGUGAUUGAAUACUAUGUGUCAUGUCCAAUAGGAAUUUCUGCCUCAUCUAAUUCUGUGGCACCCAGUUUUCCCAUGUAGGUCAUGAUUAUACGAUCAAUUUAGUUAAAAUACGUGUGGUUUGCAAAAUGAUUAAAAUUAAUAGGUUUGUGUAUUUGUAAGUGCUAACUUCUGAGGAAUCAUGUACAUGGCAGAAAUCAUCACAGUAAAAACUGGUAGCAGGAAAAUUUGAAAGGGUUUGAAAUGCCCUGAAGAUAAGGCAAGUACUUUCUGGGGGGGGGGGGGGGAGUAGAAAUGUAAACAUUUGACCAAAUUAGCACUCCCCCCUCCCCAGUUAAUUCACUUAUUAUAUGUGUGUUGAAGAAAGUGAAAGUGUGGAGAAAUGGGUAGUGCACCAGAAGUUAUGGAUAUGUCUAGUAUCCAGAACCUAACAGGGAGAUCUUUCUUGUUCUACCUUUCUUGGGUCAGCAUUUUAAAAAUAAAAGCCUCAUAUCUUGAGAUAUUUUAUUCCUCAUUAAAUUCACUGCCCUUUGCACAUAACUUUUCUUUUAAACUUAGCUCUAACCCUAAAUUGUGACAUCAGAAAGUGUUUACACUGUGUAAACAAUGUUAGCUGAAAGUGUGUUUAUAUUUUAGAGUUUCUAUUCUGCACAUUUCCAUGACUAGAGAUGAGUAGUCCUGAUUAUAAGGUCACAUCCACAGGUGAAACACACUUAGUCUCAAGUCAAGGCCUUGCUGAUAAGUGGAGCUUUGUACAUUGUCAUUAUGAUUUUUUGACUGCCUGGAUAUCAAGUAAACAACAUUCAGAACACUAAAGAAACUGGCCUGCAGAUUCCACCCUGCUACUAACAAGUUUUUGUGUAUAUCCCUUUUUUCCCCCCCAGAUCUUAGGGCAGAAUUUAGUAAGUUUGUGCUUCUGUAAAUGUCUAGCAUUUUAAACAUAUAUAGAAUACAUUGUUUUGGACACUGGAAUAAUAUGAUUUAUUUUCACCUAUAAAAAUGAUUUCAUUGUACUUGAACACCUUUGCAUUUCUCCAUUUGUGCCAUUUACAAGUGGAAAUAAAUUGUAUUAUACCAUGAUCUACUGGCUUUUUAAAACUUUACAUAUGCACAUUUUUGGUAUAGCUAUUUUCAUUUGUGUAUAUUUGUGUGUGUGUGUGUGUGUGUGUGUGUGUGUGUGUGUGUGUGUGUGUGUGUGUGUGUGAGAGAGAGAGAGAGAGAGAGAGAGAGAGAGAGAGAGUCUAUAUGUGUAUAGAUAGAUGGUUAUAACUCAUUCUAUAUAUGUCUGCCAGGGUUCAGUUUUGAGUUUUGUUGUUGUUUUCUUUUUUAUCCUCUGUUAAGGCAAGGAUGUGUCUGUUUUUUAAAGAGUGUUCUGGGCUGAUAUUUAUGAGAUGAUUAGUAGAUACAGUCUUUCUUUUUCAGUCCCUUAGCACUUCUAUUAGUGAGGAGAGGGUUAAGUAAAAUCAAGCCAUAAAUUACAAUGUAGUAAAAUGUGAUAGGGAAGGAGCCAGUUGGUGUGUUUCUUUGAGGUGGUUUACAAUGCAACAGAAGAUACACGCAGGAGAAAAGUGAACAGCUGUGCAAAGGACGGACACCCCAGUGCUGAUUCUGCAAAGGUGAAAAGUCACCUUUUAGAUUCCUAGUGUUGAAUCUGGGACCCCUCAUUCCCUUUUCCUCUUAAUAACAGUAGUUCUGUAUUUUACUGAGGAUCAAAACUGCCAAGAAAGAAAUCACUACUAAAACUUAUCUGAGGUUCUCCUAAACUGUCAAUUACAGGAGGUGGUCACUGGGAGAGAAGGCGUGAACUGGUUUGAAGGGUUGUCUCCUUAAGUACUCUUCUUACUUGCUAAUAGUAAGUUCCUUAUGAACCUUCCACCCCUUCUGAGCCACUGCUGUUCAAGCAGAGAUUUGGUCCAACACACACCGCUUUCUGAGUUUCUUUUCUUUUGAGACAGGGUCUUGCUGUGUAACCCUUUCUGGUCUGGUAAUUGAUGUUUACCCGAGGCCGACCUCAAAUUCCUAGCACUCCUGUCCCAGGCUCCCAGGUAGUGGGGUUCCAGGCCUGAACCACCAUGCUCAGCCACAGCACCCCUUUCUUUUGGAGGUUUAUAGUUUUGCAUUUGACUCAUGUUCAGAAUGUGAAGUGUCCUAAUGUGUAUUAAAGUCAGAAAAAUAAUAUAUUUAAGCUGUACUAAGUGUGAAUCUUCUAUAAUGAUGAAAAUUUCUCACUUCUUACGUAGAGCCUUCUCUAAAGAGCAAAGUCAAAAUUUGGGCUGUCAUCACUGAGCUGCUUAUCAAAAUACAGAUCAAUAUUGAAGAUAAACACAUUGUUUUUGUUUUGUUCCCCUAUAACAGAAGUCUUCCUUCCCUGGUUUAGCAUUGCCUUUUAAAAGGCGCUCACCCUUAGUUAAGAACUGGAAAUUCCCACCCUCGGAUUCCUUAAAGGAUGAAGAGUGUGCUCUACACUCAGCAUACGUGCCUCUUGUAUGCAAGGACUACUGAUUGAAGUCUGUUUUGCUGUGUCUGGUUAUGUUGUCUGCACUUUUAUGAAAUCACUACAGUACAUCUACGUUGGAAAUAAUUAUUAAUUUGUAAAGAAAUUUUUAUUAAACACUGUAGAAAAAGAAAGUGAAGCUGAGAACUCUUCCUUUUGUGCAUUUAUAUUUUCUGCUGAAUUCUGAUAGCCCACUUUUAAAGUUGUAUUGACUUGUUUUUUCCUCUUUGAUUAUAUUCAGAUUUCCAAAGUUUUAUUCAAAUAAGUGCUGGCCUUCAGAUCAUAAGUAUAAGAAAUAGGCACCAUAUCUGCUGUUGCAGGCUUCUAAAACUUGCACUGCCCAUCCAUGCAAAAUAAGUAUCUUAAGAAAUAGACACAGGAAACACACACUGGGGAGCCGUGUACUAUGUCAUCAUAUCUGUUCACUGUUGGCAGCAAUCCGAACUGUGUGUGUGUGUGUGUGUGUGUGUGUGUGUGUGUGUGUGUGUGUGUGUGUGUGUGUAAGAGAGAGAGAGAGGAAGAGAGAGGAAGAGAGAGAGAGGGUUAUACAAGGGGUUCUUUAACAGAGGAAAAGGUUAAUCCUCUCCAGCCGAUGCCCACUGGAUAUAUAGUCUUUACACCUAUAGGUAGUUGGAAAUGUGGAGAGAAGAGAAGGUAGGACUUCUCAAUGAAUGAAAAAGGGUAUCUUGAUGCUCAAGAAUUCCCCCCACCCCAAGUACGGGUAGUUCAACCUGCACAGUUUCCUUUCACUUGUAGUUUUAACAAUUAUGAGUGAAAAAUCAUGUAAUUAUCUGUAAAUAUGUAGCUAACAAAUUGACCUAGUUUCUGUAUUUUUUUGGUUUUGUACUAAAGUUUAUAGGUCUGUGCCAGCUAGAGAGGUUGCCGUUGUUGCUAGUUGUGGUUCUAGCACCUAAUUCUGAAACCAUCCUAGGUGACAUUUUUAGAAUUAAUGGUUAAAUGUUGUUAAACAGGGAGAAAUGGAGCUUAAUCAUUGGUCAGGUUUGAAAUCAUUUGAAACUAAGUAAUUUUAUUUAAUAUGAUGAUUACAUGUUGUCAGUCAUGAGUGAGGUGUAGGGAGUCUCCCUCCCCCAGUGGCCAUGUUUACAGAGUGUUUUGUCUAUAAAGUGCAAGUGUGUUGAUGUUUAUGUAAAUUAUGCAGGUGAUAACUAUGGUUUGGGACUGUUUAUGGGCUCUUUUAACUGAAUUUUAAAAUGAAAUGAACUAUGCUUAUUGCUGGCACAUUGAUCCCAUUUCUGGAACAUUUUUCCUACUUCCAGAACUCUGUAUGUUCCUUGACAUUACCCCCACUUAACCUCCCUUCCUCUGAUAUGCCUUGUAGCUAAGAUAUUAAAGACUGUUGAACAUAGAUGAGGGAAAUGCAUUUCUUAAAAAUCCAUGAACCCUCAAUUGUAUGCUUUCAGUAUUGUGUUAUAUGUUUCUAUGGCAACUUUGAAGUCAGUGGUUUAGAAAUGAGAUACCAAUGUUAAUGAAAAGUAUGUACUCUUUGCUUUUGCAUGGCUUGGCUUAGUGUCCAAGGUAUAUUAGAGCCACUUGAAAGCAUGAAGACCAGUUAUACGGAAACAGGUUUCUCUCAGUGGCACAUUUUGCUUUUUCUUAACCCUCAAAUACAUUGCCUCGGCAUGAACAUUAUUGUUAAUAUAAAUUGCACAUGGUCAUCAAGCGAAUUCUGUCACUUUGAAAGAUGCAGCUGCCUGAGUUUGCAGUUUGGUUGGUCUCCAUCUCCAAUAACAGUGAGGGUACUGGAGCCCUUGCCCUUUCUCGGGGUCAUAAACAGCUAUCAGUUUAUCAAGGCGUUGGCUGCCCUAGGGUAUAGCCAUGCUGUUGUCUUUUGCUGCCCAUUCAUUCCACAUGUGCUGUUGUCCUUGCACGUCAUACUCUCAAAGAAAUCAUCACCCUUUCUUCCUAACAAUUUUAUUUUGUCUUUUUGUCCACAUUAAAUGGGAAUUGUGCCUAUUUAGAUUGCCCCUCAAUUUAAAUACACAUGUAACCCAAGCCAGAGACAAGGUGGAAAAACAUUUUUUUCAAGUCCACUUGGCCAGUAAUUUACCUAACAAACUGUUUUACCACAUAAUCUUGACACUUGAUAGAAGAGCCUAUUAGGAGUCACGGUGGUUUUAUAGAGUAAAAUCCAAGUGAAGGGGGAUGUGUGGGGUUUCCAUUAAGAAAUAAUUUUGUUCUUAUUUUACUUUUUGUGAUCCUUCUCUGCUAGUUUAGAAUAGGUUAAUUCUCUUUUUUUUAUUUUUUUAGGGAAAUUUUUACAAAAACAAUGGUCUGAUGUAAAUAACAUUUUAAAGUACAGUGCACAUAACUUCCCUAGGCUGUUCCAACCUGACUAUUUGUAAAUGCUUUAGAGUUUUUAAAUUAACACUUGUGUUGCUAAAUCCUAUUUAUGUAAGUCUGAAAAGGUUUUUAACCCAUAUAUAAAACAUUUAAAUAAUACAGGUUAUAAUGAGCAAGUUAGCUUUGAGAACCCCUCCUUUUAGUAUAUGAAAAAGCCUAAUGCGCACUAAGAGGUUGGAGAGACUAUGAGAAAUAUGUAUAGUGUAUAUUUUAAACAGCUUUGCUUGUAUUGUGAAGAUUUAAGAACAAACUUGAGAUUUUUAAAGUUAACUAUUAACACAGUUUUAACAUAAGUUAUCCCACUGGGUUUAAAAGCAUCUUGAAUGUAUAACCCUUCUAUAACCCAGGUUGGUUUCUGCUUUUACCGAAUCAUCCAAACGUUAUUUAUAUUUUUAGUUUUAUGUAUUCAUUUCUUUUUGUUUUCCUCAAACAGCAUGGGGUUUUUUUUUUUUGUUUGUUUGUUUUGUUUUGUUUUUGGUUCAUUUGUGGGUUUUUGUUUUUGUUUUUGUUUUUUUUUGCACAUGUCGAAAUUUUAAAAAAAGAAGGAAAUUAAUACAUGAUUUUUCUCUGGAUUUUCUUCACUUUAGUCUUUCUACUACUAACCUCUUAAAGGCCAUGGCAUUCCAUUUGCUUAUUUGUGCAAAUGCCAGGGUUGGUUUUUAUUUUUAUUUUUGCUAUUUACCUAAAAAAAAAAAAAAAAGAAAAAAGAAAGAAAAGACAAUGCUUCAGUCAAUUGCUUUUUUAUUUAAAAUUUAAAAAAAAAAGAAAGAAAAAAAAGCUGUAACCUUAUCAUUUCUGAGUAGACCACUGAGAGAGAAAUGCACACCUGUCGGCCCAGGACCAGCUUCGAUGGCUAAAGGGAAUAUUUUCACUAAGUAAGAUGUUCUGUACAAAACGUGGUGUAUGGUACCCACAAUCUAUUUCAGUUAUUCCCACAAGUCAGGUCCUGAUAAGUGAGGGUUAUCAGCUAACUGAUGUGUUAUCAUUGAGGUUCGUCAAUGAAUUUGUACAUUUCUAGUUCCCUUUGGUGAAGGGGAAAAGUGAUGAUUUUGCGAGACCUAGAUUUUGGCUUGGUUUCUUGCCUCCUUUUUUGGCAGCCUUCAUCUUUUCCUGAAGCCCUUGAGCCUGUAGGGUUUUCAUAGUGGACAAAGGACUUACGGUCGUUUAAAACGGAGAGAUUUGGGAAGGGCAAGAGAUUAUCAUGUUGAACACACAGUAUCCUUUUAAUGGUGGAUAAUUUUGAGUAAACCCAGUCCUUUCAAAUUGUAGACUGAACAGAUGCCCACAGUGGAGGCUUACCAAGGGUUGCAUGAGGAAGAAGCCUCUCUCCCUCACUGUCAGCACCAGCUGGGAAAGGUGACUGCAGGUGUGCAUUUUCCUUUUCAUAGAAAUGGUCCACAGCACUAACUGGUAAGGCUUAUUGUACAGUAUAUUGUCAGUAUUCUUCUGGUUCAGCAUACCUUAUAGUUCGUAUAUAACCUGUAUUAAUUGUAUAGAUUGUGCAUUUAAAGCUGUUACCAAGUUGUCAGAAUCUUAAGAACGAAAACAGGUCAUAUGUAAUAUUUUGUUUGUAAGUAUCCUUUGUAUCAUAGCAAAGGAAAUGUUUAAAAGAUCAACUGUAAUAAAAGUAAUUUUAGUACA